GAUUUGAAAUCGAAAUUUAUAUGUUUUCAAACUAUUUUCUUCAUGAAGUAUGGUACUUAAUAUAUAUGUCUUGAUAUUGCUACUUUAUGGUUUGAAUACCAGUUUUGCUUGUCACUCCCUGAGCUCUCAGUACAGUCAAUUUUCAUCUCGAAGAGCCAGAGCUCGCGGAGUCUCAUCCCUACAACGUACAAGUGAAAAUGCAAUUGACUUUGACUACCUCACAUCAAAUCUACCGUACUCCGCAACUGAAAUUCGUUCGAUCUCAUCUCUUACCCCAUUUCCUGUGAAACCAAUGCUAACUGUAUCCGACGGUGGAAAGCUUACAUGUCAUUUUGACGAUGAUAUGGAAUAUUGUGGAUGGCAUAAUGCAGCGGACACUGACAUGAAAUUCUGGAAAUCAAAGUUAAACUCAGAUAAUAAUUUUGACUCGCAAAGAUUUGACUCUGGAAGUCCAUUGAGUUUCACACCAGACAACAAUUUUCUACUGGCUGGCGGCGAACCAAUGAUUCUUCCACAGACUGCUGCAAUUGAAAUGGAAAUUCCAUGUCAAUAUGGAGAUGCUGAAGUGAAAUUCGAUUUCUGGACCAACACUCUGAACGUACUUGUUCGCUACUGCAUAUCAAAAGUUGCUGCCGAUUUCACUCAAUGCCAAAUCAUUCCACGUGCUUCUAACCCAAUUAACUUUUCCAUUCCAACUACUGCCGAUGGGUUGAAAGUUCGCAUAGAAGUUACGAAUAUUGAUCCAGAUUCAAUUGCUUUAAUUGACAAUUUGCAUUAUAAUGGACAAAUUUGUGAAUUGGUUGAUGAAGCCAUUGAACAGUCAGUUGAACCAUUUCCAGAGGAUACAAACUCAUCGUCAACUGUACCGUCGUUGAUAACUGGAGAUCCAUUGCCAACUGAUCCAACCAUUCAGAAAUUCUUUGAAGAAGAUGGUAAUGGGUUGGAAGAUAAUGAUGCAUCUUCUGCUAUUACGGUACAGAAAAUUACCUCUACAGCUUCUUCUAUCUUAGAGUCAUCUCAAGUAAACGUAAAAGAGCUCUCGUCCUGCUCAGCACUGACUUGCACUUUCAACGACGGAGAUUCGUGCUUUUUUGGAUUAAGUGGAGUUGGCAGCACUGCUGCAUGGAGUCUCAGUGAUCGUCUCGUUGGAAAUAGACAUACAGGAAUUCAGAGAGUUAACCUAGAUGAUCAAUCUAAAAUUGGGUUUGCAUAUGUCGGCAGUGAUUCCAAAUCUGAAUCGGAGAAUAUAUUUGUCGCCGAAUCGCCGAAAUUCUCUCUUUCUCAUGAUAGUUACUUGAUAUUUGAUGUCUACAUACGUUCGGUUUCUCCAAAACUCAAGGUAUGCAUCGAUAAUUUUGAAAACUGUCCCUACAAUUCGCCACAACUACGAAAAGAUGCGUUUUGGAGAGGCGAACAGAAAUUGAUUUUGAAGGAAGGAUCUAGAAAGAUAUUUUUCGUUGCUGAAAACGUCAAGAAGCAUCAAUUUCUGGCAAUUGAUAAUAUCAGAUUGGAAGGCAAAGACGGAGCCAGUUUGUGUUAGAUAAGAAUUGUGAUUUUGACUCAUACAUUUGUUCGGGUAUUAAUUGAAAAUAUUUCAUAAUUAAUAAAAAAGUGUUUUAA